UAACUGUUCUAACUGCACUUGAUCUCGGCUGUUGGUGGGCUAAGGAAAGGGCUGUUCUUGGCCUUUCUCAAACCUUGAGGGAUCCUCCUGAGGUUCCAAACGAAAACCACGAAGAAAGGAAAACUAUGCUUCUUUGAUUCUCUCUGAAUUUUGCAAAGAUAUAGAGACAGUUACAAACGGACUGUAAGAAACAAUAUGGACCAUCACAGCGCUGACCACAGUAAUUCUUCUGACAUAUUUUGGGCAUUCAUCGAGCAUGUGUUUUUGAAUGCUCCAGAUGACCUCCCUGAAGUCAUUCUUAUAGUGUCUCUCAUUUGUACUAUUGGAGCAUUUUUGAACAUGCAUUUGAAAGUCUUUCUAAUUCCUCUUCCUGUGAUACUGUUUUUACUUGGAUGCUGUCUCGAACUAUUAAGUUUUGCAUCUGCUGAGGUCCAAAGAUACUCAGAAGCCAUACAAUGGAUAGAUCCAGACUUAUUUUUUGGUAUAUUCUUACCAAUAAUUAUGUUUAAUGUUGCAUUUGACUUGGAUGUAUACAUGCUUCAAAAGUUAAUGUGGCAGUUACUUUUAAUUACAAUUCCUGGCUUUGCAUUUAAUUAUAUGUUAAUUUUUUGGUAUCUGAAAUCUCUGAAUAUAUUAAAUUUGAGCACCAUACAAUUGUCACUAUUUUCAUGUAUCCUUAUGAGUUCAGAUCCCAUGAUAACUGCAGCUUCCAUAAAAGAUCUUGGUCUUUCUAGAAGCCUCAUCAGUUUAAUUAAUGCAGAAAGUGUGAUAAGCUCUGUGAUAGCAUUGAUUUUAUGUACCACCACUAUGGAUAUUAAUGUCAGAAGACAACAUUCGGCAAGCCAUAACUUAUACGAUGAUAUUAUGAUAGCCAUUUGGACAGAUGUUAUAGCAAGUCUCUUGUUUGGAACUUUCAGUUCAAAAGUGAUUCAGUCAUGGACAUCUGACUUUUGUUAUGAUGAUGUCAAUUACACAAUUGUCAUCUCUGCAGUUCUGUACCUCAUCUAUUAUAUUUGUGAGUUCGUUAGACUGUCUGGAAUAUUUACUGUGGUCUCUAUAGGACUUUUCUUAAAUUCUACAAGUUUCAAACUACGAAUUGGAACAUUUCUUUUUGAAUUCUGGGAUUGUCUAUCAUUUUUUGCUUUUCUUAUGGUAUUUACUUUCAGUGGACUUCUAAUUCCUGCACAUACAUAUUUGUAUAUAUCAUUUUCUGACAUAUAUUAUUCAUUAAUGAUCUACUUCUCACUGCUUGUUUUCAGACUUCUGCUGUUUCUAUUAUUGACCCCAAUUUUGUCUCGGUUUGGCCUUGGGUUCAGCUGGCGCUGGGCAUUCAUAAUGAUCUGGAGUGAAAUGAAAGGAGUACCUAACAUAAACAUGGCCCUUCUGCUGGCUUAUGCUGACCAUACUUUCGGAAGUGAGAGGGAAAAAUCGCAAAUACUGUUUCAUGGAGUGGCAGUGUGCUUAAUUAACUUGAUUGUCAACAACUUAGUUUUGCCAAUAGUAGUUACUAAACUAGGUCUUCGUGAUGCUGCAUCAACAAAAUAUAAAUCAAAUCUUCAUACAUUUCAACGCUUUCAAGAGCUAAUCAAAUCUACAGCCUCCACACUCAAAUUUGACAAAGAUCUUGCCAAUUCUGAUUGGAACAUGGUUGAGAAGGCAAUUGUACUUCAAAAUCCAUUUGCAUUGAGUCAGGAAGAAACAACAGAACAUGAGAAGUUGAAAUGUUCGAGCUGUAACACGGAAAUAGAUGAGACCCUCACCAUUGAAGCAAUGGAAAUGGCCAACAAUCUCCUUGUGUCGGCACAAAUAGCGAGCUACCAACGACAGUACAGGACUGGAAUUUUGUCGCAGAAUGCAUUCCUGGUGUUGGUAGGAGCCUCAGAAUGCUUUGGCGAGAAGAAAGGAGAAUAUAUAAAUCCUGAAACAAUAAAGAAAUACUCUGAAAGCAAAAACAUUCUUGGUGUCUUUAGAAAACUUCUGCUCAAUUGGCUGUAUAAUACUAAAAAAGAUAAAGGGCCCCUCUCCAAAAAUCACUUCCUUCGUAUAUGCCAUAACAUAGUAUCUAUUGACGAAUUUGAGUAUAUUGGAUUCCUUGCAAUACUAAUGAAUAUAUUUCCUAUCACCAUCUCCUGGGUACCUGUGUUAAAUAACAUCUAUGCCAGUGAAAUAAGAUAUGCUGCUUACUUUUUCCUUCUGUUGUAUAUUAUAGAGGCUGCAUUUAAGAUGGCAGCAAUGCAGAAGAAAUACUUUUCAUAUUCCUGGAAUAUAUUUGAGUUAACAAUUACCUUGUUUGGCAUCAUAGAUCUAAUACUUUUUGAAACAAGAGCUGUAUCUUAUAAUCUUCCCGUAACUGAAAUAAUGAGAACUAUUCCACUCCUUCGUGUGUUACGCCUUUUUAAGCUCAUAGCACCAAAGUUACUGCGAAUUAUAGAUAAAAAAAUGAGUCAUCAGCAGUCCUUUAGGUAUGCUAUAUUGAAAGGAUAUAUCCAAGGUGAAAUAGAUGCAAUGAAUAUAAUUGAUGAGAUUGCAACUUCUAAGCAGGUUAAAGAGAUGUUAUUAAAAAGGGAAACAAAGAAUAUGCAACAUGCCUUGAAAGAACUAGGCUACUUAGAGUACGAUCACCCAGAAAUAGCUGUCACUAUGAAAACAAAGGAGGAGAUUUAUGUCAUACUCAAUAUCUCUAAAGAAGUUCUCAAGAGCUUUGAGACAAAAGGAAUUAUUCAUAAAAAUGAAAGUGCUCUAAUUAGUAAGCUAAUCAUAGACAAAGAAAAAGAAGUACAUGAAUUUCAAUCUAUAAUCAAACCUCUUACUGCUGAAGAAAUCCCAUAUCAUAUUCCAUGGCUUGAGAAAAACCAAAAGUAUAUAGAGUGUAUUCUGCCUAAAGCCAGAAUUGUAACCUUCGAUUGUGGAAAUGAUAUUUUUCAAGAAGCGGAUGAGCCCAAAGGAGUCUAUAUAAUUGUUUCAGGGAUGGUAAAGCUUCAAAGAACAAUGUCAGAUUCAGAGACUGAUAACAUUCUCUUGGAAUCAGAGGAGAAAGCUUAUCCCAUAGUUAACGCAGACUAUGUGCUUGCAGGGGAAAUCAUAGGAGAAUUAAACUGUUUAACAGAUAAACCAAUGCAAUAUUCUGCCACCUGCAAAACUGUAGUUGAGGCAUACUUUAUUCCCAAAGGUAUCUUGUAUGAAGCUUUUGAAAAUUAUCCUCUUAUUGAACAGAAAAUGUGGCUAAAAAUUGCACGUGGUGUUGCUGCCAGGAAAAUCAGGGAACAUUUACCUUUUGAGGAUUGGGGCUACACAUUGCAACUAAAGCUUAAUAACCUUUAUGUAAAAGAUAUUCCAAGAGUCAUCAAAACUGAUAUCUAUGAAGAAAAUGUAACCUAUGUUUUCCUCAUACAUGGCUCAGUAGAAGAUUGUCACCUACGGAAGACAUAUAAUGCACCUUUCUUGAUUCCUGCGACAUGCCAUCAGGUACAAGGCAUAGAAGAUUUCACAAAAGUAGCAGUUAUUCGUACUUCAAUUGAUAUGAAAAAAUCCAGAUGGCACUCAGGAAAGUUUUUACCUUUAAUGGGAAUGCCUUCAGUAUCAGAAUCUUUAGUUGACAAGACGACGCUGGAGUCUGCUCCACAGAGUGAGACUUUGAUAAGCACAAGUAUCUGAAACACUCUUCGUACAUCAAGUGGGAGCAACUUAAGUUGGAUCCUGCGCAGUGCUCUUAGAGCCAUGAAGGCAAGAAGUUUCAACUUUCUGACUAAUCUGCUCAAAGUAUUUCACAUUUUUGCAAAAUUUUCUAUUAUUUUAUCAUUUCCCAUUUUUAUUAUUUUCUAUUAUUUUAAUAGUAAAACAUCUCAGGAAAUGGAGUAAGCUUUAAACCCAAAAAAUAAGCUAUGUCACCCAGAUAGUUUAUAAAUUGC